AACUAGACCCGAGUCCAGCACUGCCUUAGCUCCUCUGAGCCUUCCCUUCCUUCACUCUAUUCUCCCUGGGCUCACUCUCCUACCUCUCCCUUCCUUGCCUCACCAGCCCCUCUCCAUGGCUCCCAAGAAGCCUGACCCAAAGAAAGAAGACGCAAAGGCUGCCUCCAAGGCGGCCCCAGCCCCAGCUCCAGCCCCAGCCCCAGCUCCAGCUCCCCAGCCUGAGCACCCCAAGGAAGCCGAGUUUGAUGCCUCCAAGAUCAAAAUUGAGUUCACUCCAGAGCAGAUAGAAGAGUUCAAGGAAGCCUUCUCCCUAUUCGAUCGGACUCCCAAGAUGGAGAUGAAGAUCACAUAUGGGCAGUGUGGGGAUGUGAUGAGAGCACUGGGUCAGAAUCCAACCCAGGCUGAGGUUCUUCGGGUGCUGGGGAGGCCUAAGCAGGAAGAACUCAACUCCAAAAUGAUGGAUUUUGAAACCUUCUUGCCUAUGCUGCAACAUAUUGCCACCUGCAAGGACAAAGGCACGUUUGAGGAUUUUGUGGAGGGGCUGAGGGUCUUUGACAAGGAAGGCAAUGGAACUGUUAUGGGCGCUGAGCUGCGCCACGUUCUGGCCACCCUAGGUGAGAGACUGACUGAAGAUGAGGUGGAGAAACUGAUGGCUGGACAGGAAGAUGCCAAUGGAUGUAUCAACUAUGAAGCGUUUGUGAAGCACAUCAUGGCCAGCUGAGAUGCUAGUUCUUCAGGAAGCCCUGAUAGAGGACCUGAUGGGGAUGUUUCUUCAACCAGUCCCCUGAAGUAGAGGGGAGUGCUCAUUGGAUGAAGGCUGGGUGGUUUGCGGUGGGAGGGCCAGGAAAGAGAAGGCUGACUUCCAUGGGAUGGAGUCCAUGGUGUGGGGUGAAGGAAGAAUACCAUUCUCAAGGGGACACUCAAGUGAAAUACUUGACUGCCCCCUUUGAAAAUUGCAACGGUAGCUUCUGUGGAGAAGGUGAAGAGUGGGGCAUCAUGGGAGGAAGGAAAGAAAUGUUUGGAUGUUUCCUGAGCAACUAGAACCAAUGGCUUUCUCCUGCCUGUCCAUCACUCACAGAUAUGCACACACACACACACACACACACUCUCUCUCUCUCUCUCUCUCUCUCCUCUCUCUCUCUCUCUCUCUCUCUCUCAUUGCCAUAUGCAUUGCCUCAGGAAUGGGGAUGGAGAAGGUGGGUCAUGGUCUCUUUGGCGAGCCUAAUUUGGUGACAUGAGCACCAUGACACUGCCCUCCUUUCUCAUUUUCAUUUUUACAUAAUAUAUUCAAGUCCACCCCUAAUGUCUACCCCAAGUCUGGGGCCACGAGAGGAGGAGUUGGAUUCUUCCCGAUGACCUCUUGGGGUACAGAGAAGCCUCUCCCUAGCUAGGCCACAAGGCUGGAUAUCUAAGGCUUCUGACUCCUAGCCCAGGGUUCACCCUAUAGCUUGGGGAAGUGCUGCUGACCAUAGCCCCUGUCUCUGUGCUCUUAGGGGUGUGUUCCUGAUGGAAGAGUCCAAAGAGUAGGGCCCCAGGGUCUUCUGCCCAUCCCUACUCCACUUCUACCUCUUGGUGCUACCUUCAUCCCUCUGAUUGUUGACAUCCCCUCCCCCACUUCAUUAAAGGGCUUCCUUCUCAUUCA